AUGGCUUUCACUAUUACUGUCCUCUUCCCCAACGUCCCUGAUGCCAAGUACGACAUAGACUACUACACGGCGCAUCAUAUGCCUCUAAUCAAACAACACUGGACGAAGUACGGGGUGCAAGAUUGGUCCGUAACCACUUUUGCCCCCGGUCCCGAUGGGGCACAACCUCCUUACACAUUUGGAAGUGUUGUUGUUUGGGAAAACAAGGAAGGUGUUGACAAGGCAUUCGCAAGCCCCGAAGUGGCUGAGGUCAUGGGCGAUGUUCCGAAUUUCAGCAACAAGGAGCCGGUGUUCUUGUUUGGUUCGCAAAUCGAGGCACCGAAAUAG